CUCAAUUUCCGGUUCGUCAAGAGUGACGACUUCCUUUUCACGACGUGCUCGCCAAAAUGCUGAAGAAACAGAAGGAACCCAUCCACUCUGUCCAAGUCUUCGGACGCAAGAAAAGUGCAACUGCUGUUGCUUACUGCAAGCGCGGCCGUGGAAUCCUGAGGGUUAAUGGAAAGCCCCUGGAGCUCGUCGAGCCCAGAGUUCUUCAGUACAAACUCCAGGAGCCAAUUCUUCUUCUUGGAAAGGAAAAGUUCUCUGGCGUUGACAUCAGGGUUCGUGUGAACGGUGGAGGUCAUGUCGCCCAGAUUUACGCAAUCAGACAGGCUAUUUCAAAAGCCCUCGUGGCUUACUACCAAAAGUACGUCGAUGAGGCCAGCAAGAAGGAAGUCAAGGACAUUCUCAUCCAGUACGAUCGUACCCUCCUCGUUGCUGACCCAAGACGCUGCGAGCCCAAGAAAUUCGGUGGUCCAGGCGCCAGGGCUCGCUACCAGAAAUCUUACCGUUAAUCACCUUUUUGUAUUGCGUUUCAUGACGUGAUUAAAUAAAUAUGUAAAAAAAUCGAA